AUGGCAGCUUCACAGCAGCGUCUCUGUUUCAUUAUCUGCGUCUUCGCCGUUUUGCUCCUCGUCCUCUUCAGCCGCGCGUUCAGAGACAGACGGCAGGAAGAGAGAAACAAAAGAGAAAUCCUGGACUCCACAGAAAUCCCAGCAGAGCACAUCGACCCCGCUGCCAUCGACCUCACCCCUCUCGUCAAUACUUUAAUAAAUACAAGCCAAUCGGGCUCCCGGCAGCUCUUCUCCCUCCUCAGUGUGACGUCCUACAGCUCUCUGGCUCUCCAUAAACUCACCCUGCUGGUCUACAACAUUUCCAGCAUCAAAAGUAUAGAAAACAACAAGUUCAGGAGACGAUUCUGCUACUGUGUCACCAACGAGACCAACGAUCUCACAGACUUCACGGCCAUUCUGCUGGACGUGAUGGGAAACUCAACAAGCUACCUGCACGAGCUCUUUAAGUCGGCCUCCAUACUGUCAGUGAGUCAGAGGAACAACUCCGACUGUAUUUACAUCUGCGUGAUGGCCGGCAAGAUGGGCAGAGAGGUGCCUGAGCUGUGGGAGGUCGGCUCCAUCAUGCCGCUCUUUAAUCAGACCAUCGUGGAGGGACCACACCGAGGUAACGUGUCCUCCUUCAGACUCCCUGUCGAAUGGCACCAACUGCCCACGAAUCUGAGUCACAUCUCUCCGUCUGGGAUGAGCUCCAUGUUAACCAGCAGAGUCCAUUCAACGGCACACGUUUCACCAACAACGAUGGAUGAAGCAGCUGCGGCAGCAGCAAAGAUCACCACGGCGCCGCUCGCUACAGCCCGACAACCCGCAACCGUCAUUCCACAAAGUCAAACUACCAAACGACCAGAGACGACGACGACGGGUAAGACACAAAGAGCGACGACACAGGAAGUAACAACACAAGCAGAGAUGACGGCACAGACGACCGCUACUGAAAAACCAACAAGUUUACAACCAAUCACAUCAACGCAACCAGCAACCACCCUGCAAGUCACCACUGCGUCUGCGACAACAGCUGCAGCUCCAACGCCAGAAAGAACCCCAUCAACCCCAGUAAGAACCCCAUUAACCCCAGAAAGAACCCCAUCAACCCCAGUAAGAGCUCCAUCAACCCCAGUAAGAACCCCAUCAACCCCAGAAAGAACUCCAUCAACCCCAGAAAGAACCCCAUCAACCCCAGAAAGAACCCCAUCAACCCCAGAAAGAACCCCAUCAACCCCAGUAAGAGCUCCAUCAACCCCAGAAAGAACUCCAUCAACCCCAGAAAGAACCCCAUCAACCCCAGUAAGAGCUCCAUCAACCCCAGAAAGAACUCCAUCAACCCCAGAAAGAACCCCAUCAACCCCAGUAAGAGCUCCAUCGACCGCAACAACAGCUGCAUCAACUCCAGUUAGAGCUCCAUCAAUCCCAGUAAGUGCUCGACAAACCCCAGUACAAACUUCACCAACCACAGCAACUCCAGACCCACAGAGAGAUCCAUCAACCCCAACAAGAGCUCCAACAACCCCAGUAACAGCUCCAUCAGUCCCAGUAUCAGCUCUGUCAACCCCAGUAACAGCUCCAUCAGUCCCAGUAUCAGCUCUGUCAACCCCAGUAACAGCUCCAUCAGUCCCAGUAUCAGCUCUGUCAACCCCAGUAACAGCUCCAUCAGUCCCAGUAUCAGCUCUGUCAACCCCAGUAACAGCCACAAGUUCAACCCAGUUACCCGCAGCAUCAUCCAGACCAGCAACCACAUCUCCAGUGAUUAGUCUGAGCCGGCUGACCGCAACUACCCACGGGCCGAGAACAACGACCCAGCGGACGACUUCAGCACAUCAUCCCGGGAGACUUUCACCGGACCGUCCCACAGCAGGACUGAUGGAGUCCAGAAGGACUACAGGGCUUCUCAGCAGAACUACAACGUCCAGCAAGACCAUGGAAACUGAAAAACCAGGUUGUCCUUGGAGGAGGUCGGAGCCGAGCGGCGCCUCCGGCAGCACGACCACCGUCAGCGCCCACAAGCUGCAGCCCUGCGUCCUCGAGCUCUGCAAGUUCUUCUCCCAGUGCCUCUGCAGACCGUCCAGCCACAAGACACGCAUGAAAAGGUACUGCGACGACAGCCACCUCUGGUACCAAAAGCACACGUCUGAGGUGUGUCGCCGCGUCAGGAGAGUCUCCUUCUCCAGAAAUCUGAAACAGCGAUGUCUGACAAAGAUGUGUAAUAAACUGUGACCAGAGAAACAAAGAGCAGCUCAUCACCAC